UUUUGUUUAUAUCGAUUGCAGACUAAACAACAAAAAUGGGUAAGGGAAAUAAUAUGAUUCCAAAUGCUCACUUCCACAAGUGGUGGCAGCGUCAUGUUAAAACUUGGUUCAACCAACCCGCCCGCAAGAUCCGCAGGCGUAAUAACCGCAUUAAGAAAGCCAAGGAUGUCUUCCCUCGUCCUGCUGCUGGUCCCCUCCGUCCCGUAGUCAGAUGCCCCACCAUCCGUUACCACACUAAAUUGCGUGCUGGUCGCGGUUUCACUUUGGAAGAAUUGAAGGGUGCCGGUCUUACUGCUGGUUUUGCCAAGACUGUUGGUGUUGCUGUCGAUCACAGACGCAAGAACAAAUCCAUCGAAUCCCGUCAACGCAACAUUCAACGCUUGAAGGAAUACAAGAGCAAAUUGAUUCUAUUCCCCAUCAACGAGAAGAAGAUCCGCAAGGGUGAAUCUUCUCUCGAAGAAUGCAAGUUGGCCACCCAACUUAAGGGCAAGAUCAUGCCUCUUAAGAAGGAACAACCCACUAUUGAAUUCCGUGAAAUCACCAAGGACGAGAAGAAAUUCAAGGCCUUCGCUACUUUGCGCAAGGCUCGUUCUGAUGCUCGUCUUGUUGGCAUCCGUGCCAAGCAAGCCCGCGAAAAUGCUGAAAAUGUCGAAAACGACAAGAAGAAGUAAAUUAGUAAUGGUCUUUAAUAAAACUAUAGUUUUAUAAUAAAAAAAAAACAAAA